CACCGGCGUGCGGAACACGUGUAGAUGUGCAAUGGAGAGCAGAAUGUCCUUACGUUGCCUAAUGGAAGGAAGCCGCGGUUGGUCGCCGCCGAUAAUGGCCGUUCGGUCGGCCAGCCAGCCUUACCGGCUACCGCCGCCGUCGUAGCUGGCGCCAGUGGGCAGUCACCCACCAGCAACCGCUGCACACGCGCGUGCUAUGUGCCAGUAACACGUGACGCAAGCAAGAUGCCCCAGUGCAACACUAUCAGGUCGUUUAAAAUACUGUUAUUAGUCAAGCUAGUGGUUGAGUCACAUGUUGAUGCGUUCACUAUCCGGCGGGUAGUUGAGUCGACAUUCCAACCAGACCUCAUAGUUCCUGAAGCGAAUUCCAAUCAGAAAGAGGAAUCUUUCAAAGUUAUAGAUAUCUCCAAUGUUAACAAAGAUAACAAUGUUAAAUCUCUAGAAAGUAAAAACAUUGAACAAAUAGUUUCAAAUAUUGAAGUGGAACAUAACAAAGUAACAGAGAAAAUAAAAACAAGGAACAAUAUUACAGAUAUACCAGUGGCUAAAGCCACUGAAAAAAUAUUGAAUGUAAGAACUAAUAACAUAACAGUUACCACAUUAUCUUCUAAUUCCACAUUAGACGACGCCUCGUCAAGCAGUGCGGAAGCUAAAGUAGAAACGGAACGCGAUGAUAGAGAGUCAUUAAUUAUCACAGAGAGAAAGACUGCGGCUGCAGAGGGUACGACUAGCAUCAAUAAUACUUUAAAAAAUAGUGUCUUGUCGACUAUAAGUAGUACGAUAGUAUCGAGUGAACCACCGAAUUCCAGUGAGCCAUCAGUAACUGUUCCUGUCAUUGAAGAUAAUGGUACUAAGAGUAGUGAAAAUUAUACACAAAUGAAUAAGACUACAAAUUACGCUAGUAGUAAUAUUUCGAAUGAGGAAAAUAGCACACAAAAGUAUGAGACCAUCACGAUAGUAUUGGAUAACGAUAGUUAUUCAACGGAAACGAUCGUGACUGAAACUAUGACUACAAGUGAACCUGACAUAACGUCAAAGGAAGUUGAUGAUUAUACUCAUCAAGAGAGCAGCACCGUUUCUAGUCUUAAAUCAGUUUUAGACAAUGUGGUACAUAAGGCUUUAGAACUUAAUACUGAGCAAGAGACUACGACGGAACAAAACAAUGCUGGAAAAGAAGACACACAAUUCAUCAAAGAUUACAGUACACAAUCGUUAAUUCCUUACUGGAAAAAGUACACGGAAAUUGAAAGAAAACGAUUUAAUUCUACGGAACAAGCUGCGAACAGCACAAAUAACUCAGAGACGCUAGUUCAUGCAGAAAGUGUACAAACUUCACCUACAAUUUUCCCCAGCCUACAAAAGAGUUUCAGUACAUUUAAGACAGGUUCUUCAGACAAAUUGACCCAUGAAUUGUUAAAAUCGACAAGUGAGUUGCCGCCUGAAAUGCCCGCAUCACCCGGAACUGACCCUAUUAUUACUUUAUCACCAGUAGACACAACUCAAGCAGAUAUUACAGAAACGUCUAGUAUCUUACCUAAACUUGAUGUAGUUUCGUCUCUGCGUGCUGGCUUUAUCGAUUAUUCCUCAAGAUUUACAGAAGAGCCCCAAACGACAACAUUUGAAGAAAAAUAUUCAACUACUGUUACGGAAGCUAGUGUUCUAAAUCUGAGUGAAGAAAUGUCUACUAGGAUCGGCUUUACAGAAUUUUUAAGCAAAGUACCUUCGUUGGCAGAUAUAACGACACCAGAGUCAGCAGCACCUUUAUUGGAGAUUGGUUCAUCACUCAGUAACCAAGAAACAACUUCGGAAAGCCUUAAUCAAAUGAAUAUAACUCAAGGCGCGAUAGAACUUGAAUCGCAAAGUCAAUUGGCCGAGGACGCGAUCAACGAAGAAUUGAUGAAAGAGAAAAUUCUUACUGACAAUGUUGAAUACACGAAAAGGUACCGCGAUGAGCGGUUUCAAGUAAAGGCGCUUAAUAAUAACGAGACAUUUUCGACAGAAACGUCAAAAAUUAAUCAAGUAGAGGAUACUUCAAUCGAUGACAAACUCAGUGUCAAACCAAUUUCUUUUGAGAAGAAAAAUAUUAGCACCAUAUACACUGUAAACUCCAACUAUAAGCCUCUCAAAAAAAUAGACGUCCUACCGCCAAAAUCAUUUUUGAGAAACCCCGAUGAUAACAGCUGGAGAAACGAGAGUCUCAGUACUUUGGGUAUCGUUUUCAAAGCUAAAAAUUCUUCUAAAGCGUUUACUCAGGUACUUAAAAACAAAACAGAGAUGCAGCUGAAUUCUUUCUCAGAGACUAAGAGUGCAGAACAAUCACCUGAAUUGAGGACCAGACUCGAGAAAAUUGCUGAGCAAAGGAAAUCGAAAAAGAAGAAGACGGACUUCUUUGGUAAUACCUACUACACUGAUUACGAGGAGAAUACAUCUAGUGAACGUACAACCACGCAUAAAAAUGUGUUUGACGAUAUAAUGUCGCGCUUUACGGAACUCACUACUCCAGGUCCAGAAAAUUUUGUUACAGAGCCACUUGAGAUAAAUAAAAUAAACUUGAGAGAGUUUCACCCCGUAGAUACAUUUAAAACUAGAACCAAACAACAAAAAAACAUGGAACAGUACGAUUCUGAGGAGGAUGAAGUGGACUACGCUCAUGACAUCGAUUUAAAGAAGUUUAAAACAAAGAAUAAUUAUGUAACUCCAAAGGCUAGCUCUAAAACAACCACGCAACCGACUGUAGAGCUUCAAACAACAGUUAGUCAGUACUCACCUGAGAGAAAACCUACAAUUCAAUAUUUUCCACCGCGAGAGCGUUCCAAAGUCAUAGUUAAUGAAUAUGACGAUAGUUUCGGACGCAAACUUAACGAAUACACGUUUAAUAAACCACAAACACAUGACAUACCACCGAUUACUGCUCCCCCGACAUACGUUCCUUGGAACAGGACUCCACAACAUGCUUCAAAAAAUAUAUGGCAGAACAAGGGGGAUGUCGAUAAAAAUAGAUACGUGACGCACCCAACGACUAAUUUCGACCAAAACAGUUAUUUAGAGAAAGUUCGUACGGACGGCUACCACCGACCAUCAUAUCUCAUCAAACAUCUAAAGGACUUUAUAAAUGAUGUCACAAAGGAUGACGAUAUUUACGUAACAGAGAACCCUUACGUUGGGGUGACGGCGGCUAACGAAGGUCGCAAAAGUGUUAAAGUGAAACCACCCCCCGAAUACUACGAUUACGAGACACAGUUCCGGAAGGACGUUCUAGACAGAUUCGUAGAGAACUUUAACCAACACAGCGAGCGGUUCAAGGUCAAUUUUCCCAUAUUGUACAACACGAGCGUAGUUCACAGCAAAUUGCCGGAUCAGCGCAAGGGCGCUAUCGCUUCGUCCAACGCGUUUAUGAAGAGGCUCUACGAGGACAAGUACACGAAACAAGAUGACUUUGCUUCGAAGAGGUUUGAUCCCAAUUGUGAUAAGACCAUUGAGUUGUCACCAGCUUACGAGUUACAUUACUACGUACCGGAAGAAGAAGAGAAAGAGAUCCAAGAACGGAGACUGACGAACGCACAAUCGUUCUCGAACGUACCACCGGUGAUCGGGUUGAAUUUAUGAGGACGGCAGGGAAUGUGUAAAUAAUGACCCAAAUGCAUUUGCGUUGCUCGAUCCGGCGCGGCAAAACCUAGAUCCUCGCAGAUCGGUUUGAGCCCAUGGUGAAAAAUUUUCAAUUUAUUUUUUUCAGUUAUGUCACGGGUAGCUAUAGUGUCUGGGAUUCAGUAUGGCCGUUAAUAGGUACAACAACUCGACCUGUUUCAAUGUCAAUUUCAUUGAACGGAAUUUGUAUCGUUCAGGUCAUCCCAAAUAUAUCAUAUCUCUUCAAUAAGUCGAUGCUACGACGCCGGGCGUAAAGACAGCUGUUAUUUCCGCAGAAGAACUAGGAAUACUAAAGGAGGACUUAACCAGUUACGACGAUACUGUUAUACCUGGGAUCGGUGUAUUCAUAGGUGUAAUGUGGUAGGGAAAAGCUCGAGUGACAGUGCGUGUCUGGCUGUCGCGGUAAACUGUCCGCUGAACCGUCGAGUUGUUUUAAUCUUGAAAUUAGUUAAUGUGAAAAUCCUUUCCGAGAUAGGAUAUUAUAAUUAAUUCGUUCCAACUUAACGUGAAUCACUUAUUGAGAGAUUCGACUAUCUCUUACGAUUAUAAAUGAAACCAAAUGUUAUAAAUCUUCAUAAGUAAUAAUUCAUUAUAAUUUUUAUACAUAUGUUUUUCUCGUAUUGUUGCUAUUUCACGUUGUGAUGGUCCUUAAAUGUAGAAGUACUUAGUUUUUAAUGUUGAAGGUUUCACUAUUUUAUGCUCUACACAUUAUUUACUAGUAUUACUUUAUUCUAAUUAUAUUAGUCUUCUAUGUGGAAUAUCCUAAAUAAAUUAAUACAAAAAGGAUGGCGAGUGAAUAGAUUGAAAUAUACGAUCUUUGGCUAAAACACUGUCAGUGAGGGUCCAAUGAAUUAAGAAUAUAUUUGUAGUUGCAGGUUACAGCCAUUAUAGCGGAUUAUCAGGUUUAGCCACUUCUGUGCAGCGUAAACCAGUGUUUGGGCUUUAUAGUAGAAUAUAAUAGGGUCGCGUAAAUUAGAGAUACAUUUCUUUGUAGCAAAAUGUGCACGAGAACAAUUAAAGUGCAUCACCGUACUUUCAAAAUGUUGAAAAGGUGGUUCACGAAUGAUAUCCAAUCUUUCUCUCGUUUACCUAAAAAUACUAGCUUUGUAUAUUCCAUGUCUGUUUGUUUAAUUUAUUACAAACUGCUGUCUCGAGUUUACAUUAUAGGUAAGAGUGUUUUAUUUUAUGGAACAUUACUUGUGCUAUGUAAAAUACUACUAACAAC